AUGAGUACUAAUAAAGGGGACGAAUCUAACCUCAACCCGGACGAGACGGCAUACAACUGCGCGAUUUGUACCCGUCCGGACCAUGACGAGGAUCAGAUGGUGUUUUGUGAAAGCUGCAAGAAAUGGUUCCACUUCAGUUGUGCCGGAGUUGGAACGACCGUUGAAUACGAUGAGAAAUGGAGAUGUUCUACGUGCCAGGGUGAAGAGACGGAUGAUAGUGAAUCGGAAGAUGACGAUGACGCUAUUCCCGUUGACGAUAGUGUUGAUGACCAACACAAUGCCAGUGCGAAAUCUACCCCGGAUGACGAGAAAGAGAUUGCGAAAGCAAUGGAAGCAGUGAAGAAGGAGAAAGAGUGUCUGAAGAGGAAAAUGGAGCAGAAGCUGGCAUUGGCUAAAGCGAAGAUGGAGCUGGUAAACGAGGAGAUGGAAAUGCAGUGGACUUUGGAGAAGCAAAUCAUGCAAAUGAAGAUUGCUUCGGAGAGGAAGUUUCAAAAGAAGAAGGAAAUGGAGAAAAAACAGCUGCAGAAGGAACUCGACGAACUUAGCGAAGGCAGAAAGCGGAGGGAAAUUGAAGUGGAGAAACUGGAGAAAAAGAAGAAGAAGCGUGAAACUUCCAAAGGAAUAAAGGAAGUAGAAGGAAAAGUACCAGUAAGUUCCACUCCAAUAAUAGAUCCAAAGCCAUCUACGUCCAAGGAUGAGAUGAAGAAGAAAAUGAAGGUCAAGAUGGUACCCGUUGCGAAGCAGGCAGCGAAGAAAGAAGAGGAGGAAAGCGAUAGUGGCGACGCUAGUUCGAACGAUGGACAAUCAAACGAUUCCAACGAGGACAGUAGCAGUACGGGUUCAGAAGAAGAGGAUGAAGACAAGGAUCAGAAGAAAAGUAAGCGGAAGAAUAAAAGGGAUGAAGAAAACCCAACGAAGGCACAGAUUUCGGCACGGCAGUUCCUUUCACGAAAGCUGCCAACAUUUACCGGUCGGCCGGACGAGUGGCCAAUUUUCAUCAGCAGUUUCAACACCACGACGAAGGCUUGCGGGUUUUCAGAUUUGGAGAACCUUGCUCGUUUGCAGGAGAGUUUGAGAGGGCCUGCACGGGAGGCAGUUUGCAGUCGGAUGUUAUUGCCAGAAGCAGUUCCGCAAAUCGUCGAAACGUUGCGGAUGUUGUACGGGAGGCCGGAACAGCUGCUGAGCACGUUGCUGGUGAAGGUGAGAAAAGCAGAUCCACCGAAAGCGGACCGACUUGGUACGUUCAUCAGCUUUGGGAUGGUGGUCCAGCAAUUAUGUGACCAUCUCGAAGCAACACAGCUUAACGACCACCUGGUGAAUCCUCUGCUCAUCCAGGAGCUGGUCGAUAAACUACCACCUGGGACAAAAAUGGACUGGGUUCGGUUUAAGAGACAACACGAGAGAGUUACGCUUCGGACAUUAGCUGACUUCUUGUCUGAACUGGUAUCUACUGCCAGUGAAGUGACUGGAAUCGUCGAAGCACCAUUGAAUCCAACCGGUAAUCGUUCCGCUAAGGCCAAAGGAGGAAGAUCGAAAGAGUACGAGAGCCACGUCAACUCACACAGCGAAGAAUCACCGAGAAAACCGGAGUAUUCAAGAACGCCGUGUCCAACGUGUGGGCGUACUGAUCAUCGGCUGAGAAACUGCGACGAAUUUCGAAAGAUGGGAGUUCAACAACGCCUGGAGGUUGUUGAUCGGUUCGAUCUAUGUCGAUCAUGCCUAAAUGCCCAUGGGAAGAGUUGGUGCAAAGCGAACAUUCGGUGUAAGGUUGAGAGGUGUCAAGGGCAACACAAUACCAUGCUUCAUCAGCAGCCAGCUGAAAUGCGAUCGGACUGCAAUGCUCACAGUGCGAAUCAGCAGCUACCGAUAAUUUUCCGGAUGAUUCCAGUGACGUUGACCUUCGGAGGGAAAUCAAUUAACACAAUGGCCUUUCUCGACGAGGGUAGUUCUUUCUCGUUGGUGGAAAGCUCCAUCACGAACCAGUUGAAGGCGACUGGGAAACCACAGCCACUACGUGUAACGUGGACAGCUGGAAUGACGAGGUUAGAACGGGAGUCAAUGGUGCUGAAUCUGACAAUUUCUGCCGUCGGAUCGAAGGAACUGUUUUCGAUGGAAAAGGUCCACACAGUGGAGGAGCUCAAGUUGCCUGUACAGUCGUUGAACUACCAGGAAUUGGUGGAGCGGUACAGCCAUCUUCAAAACCUUCCGUUGGCUGAAUACACGAACGACUCACCGAAAAUAUUGAUAGGUUUGAAACAUCUACACUUGUUCGCACCCAUCGAAUCCCGAAUCGGUCAACCAGGAGAGCCGAUAGCUAUCAAAUCCAGGCUUGGCUGGACAGUUUAUGGUCCUCAAGAAGGAGGUAGUCUACGAACUGCAUACAUUGGUCAUCAUUCAUGCGCUGGGGUGUCCAAUCAGGAGUUGCACGAUCUGCUGAGGUCGCAAUAUGUACUCGAAGAGGCGGGAGUGUCAGUGGAAGUUUUGCCUGAGUCAGCUGAAGAUCGACGGGCCCGCGAGAUUCUAGAAAGUACAACGCAGCGAGUUGGGGACAGGUUCGUAACUGGACUGCUGUGGAAGGAAGACGAUCCAUCAUUUCCGGACAGUUAUCCGAUAGCAGCACGCCGGAUGAAGAGUUUGGGUAAACGCUUGUCACAGAACCCACAGCUGCUACAAAACGUUCGCAACCAGCUUAUUGAAUAUCAAACCAAGGGAUACUGUCACAAAGCGACUACGUAUGAGUUAUCGGAAGUUGACCCCAAGAAGGUGUGGUAUCUCCCCCUCAACAUCGUGAUCAAUCCAAACAAACCGAAUAAAGUUCGGAUGGUAUGGGAUGCCGCUACUUCUGUUAGAGGUGUAUCGCUGAAUUCAAAGCUGCUUAAGGGUCCUGAUUUCCUCACAUCGUUGCCGUCGGUAGUGUGCAAGUUCCGGCAGUACAGUAUCGGAUUCGGUGGAGAUAUCCGUGAAAUGUUCCACCAGCUGAUGAUUCGUCCGGAAGAUAAGCAAGCUCUAAGGUUCAUGUUUGACGGAGAGAUUUACGUAAUGGACUGCGCGAUAUUCGGAGCUACGUGCUCGCCAAGCCAGGCACUCUUCGUGAAAGAUCGCAACGCCAGUGAGUUCCUGAUGCAGUUUCCAGAUGCCGUGGAUGCGAUUGUCAACCGACAUUAUGUGGACGAUUAUUUUGAUAGCACAGAAACUGUCGAGGAGGCGGUUAAAAAGGCAAACGAGGUCCGGUACAUCCACUCAAAGGGUGGUUUUGAAAUCCGAAACUGGGUGUCGAAUUCUACCGAGGUACUCCAGCAAUUAGGUGAGUCAAAAAGGAACCAAAUUGUUCAUUUCCAUACCGAUAAGGCUACGGGUUGUGAGCGGGUUUUGGGUAUCGUCUGGGACCCUCAAGAAGACGUGUUUACAUUCGCUUUGAAGUUGCGAGAGAAUCUGCAACCGUACCUGCCUGGGAGUGAGCGUCCAACAAAACGAAUCGUGUUGAGCAUCGUGAUGAGUCUAUUUGAUCCGUUAGGCCUGCUGACGAUGUUCACCAUCCAUGGUAAGAUGCUGAUUCAAGACUUGUGGCGCACAGGCUGUGAGUGGGAUGAAGUGGUUGACGAUGAGAGCUUCGAAAAGUGGAAAAAAUGGACAGCGCUGUUACCGGACAUUGAGCAAGUAAAAAUUCCCCGUCACUAUUUCAGUGGUGGCGAAUCACUGGACUACGAUUCACUGCAACUCCACGUGUUCGUAGAUGCCAGUGCAGGUGCAUAUGGCUGCGUGGCAUACCUUCGAAUGCUAGUUGAUGGGAAUCCUCGGUGUAGUUUGGUACAAGCUAAGUCCAAAGUGGCACCACUGAGGCCGUAUUCAACGCCACGUUUGGAGCUGAUGGCAGCAGUUUUGGGAGCAAAAAUGGCCGAAACCGUAAGGACAAAUCACAGUUUGUGCAUCAACCGUGUACAGUUCUGGACUGAUUCAAGCACGGUGUAUUCUUGGAUCGUGUCGGAUCAUCGGAAAUACAAAGUGUUCGUCGCAUACAGGAUCGGUGAGAUACUAAGCAAGACGAACUCAUCGGAUUGGCGCUGGAUCCGAACAAAGUUGAACAUUGCGGAUGAUUUGACCAAGUGGAAGGAAGGAACCAGGAUCAAAUCGAACAGCCCGUGGUUCAUUGGUCCUAAGUUCCUGUACGAGGCGGAGGAUACCUGGCCACAUCCGGAGCCACCGAGACCGAAUGUGACGGAAGAGUUACGAGCCAGUUCACUGUUUCACAGAAUCAAGGUUACAGGGCCGCUGAUCGACUGUGGUCGUAUUUCGAAGUGGAAUAUCGUCGUUCGCACGGUAGCAAACGUUCUGCGGUUCAUAUCGAACAUUCGGCGGAAGCAGCAAGGCUUGCCAAUAGAAUCUCUACGAGCUGAUGCCAGAGUAAUGCGAUUAGGCAGAGGGUCCGCAGUAGCAGUAGAACGUCCGUUGUCGAGAGAGGAGUACCAAGAGGCGGAACGUCAUCUGUGGAAAAUGGCACAAAGUGAAUCUUUCGCGGACGAAGUGAAGAUGUUAGUUAGAUGCAGAAAAGGGAAGUGCGAGGCCAUUGAUCGUUCCAGCAAUCUGUUCAAGCUUUCACCCGUGCUGGACGAGUAUAAUGUGAUGCGAAUGGAUGGCAGAGUACAAGAGGGAGAGUUCGUUCCAUUUGAGCUACAGUUUCCGGUAAUCCUACCAAAGGAGCACCCGGUGACGAUCAAACUGAUAGAACACUAUCACCAACUAUUCGGUCAUGGGAACCAUGAAACUGUUGUAAACGAGUUAAGGCAACGUUUCUACGUCCCAGGAGUCCGCAAAGAGCUGAAAAAAGUUGUGAAAAGCUGUAUGUGGUGCAAGAUCCAUAAAUGCAAACCGGUGGUUCCAAGAAUGGCUCCGCUUCCAAACCAACGAACUACUCCUUUCGUUAGACCGUUCAGCUACACCGGAGUUGACUUCUUCGGCCCGAUCAACGUAGUGGUUGGGCGUCACACGGAAAAGCGUUGGUGUGCUCUUUUCACUUGUUUCGGAACAAGAGCUAUCCACCUAGAAGUCGUGCAUAGUCUGUCGUCGCAGGCAUGCCUGAUGGCCAUCCGGCGUUUCGUCUGCAGGCGCGGAGUUCCUAUUGAAUACUUCUCCGACAAUGGGACGAACUUUGUAGGUGCAAGCAAGGAAAUCGUAAAGGAGAUCAAACUGGACUGUUUUGAGGAGCUAACGAGCUCAAGAACCCGAUGGAACUUCAAUCCACCAUCGGCACCUCAUUUCGGUGGAGUGUGGGAACGACUCGUUCGUUCGGUCAAAGAGGCGAUGAAGGUGUUGGAUGACGGUCGCAGACUGACGGAUGAAAUACUCCAAACUACGCUGGUUGAAGCAGAAGAUAUAGUUAACUCCAGACCACUAACUUACGUUCCUCAAGAACCGGGAAAUACUGGGUCGAUAACUCCCAAUCAUUUCUUGAGGGGACUUCCAUCAAGUGGAACAGAGGGUUACGUACCGCCGAGCAACGAAGCUGAGGCACUACGGGAUAGCUACAAAAGGUCGCAGUUACUGGCUGACCGCAUAUGGAAGCGGUGGUUGUCUGAGUAUUUACCGAUCAUCAACCGACGUACAAAAUGGCAUACCGAACAGAUCCCACUGGAAGUAGGUGAAGUUGUGUUUGUAGCAGACGACGAUAACAGAAAGUGCUGGGUUCGAGCAGUUGUGGAGGAGGUCGUCCAAGGAGCCGAUGGACGAAUCCGACAAGCCGUGGUACGCACAGCCAAGGGCACUUACAGGCGUCCGGUAGCAAAACUUGCGGUGCCGGAGAUCCGUAUUAGUAAAUCUGGUUCCAGCGGGGAUCCUGCACCAGUGUUACAGGGAGGGGCUGUUGAGGCACCGGUGACGUCACCACCGAACGCGCAGCUACAAAUACACGCACAACCGUUGGAGCGUACCUAA